GUGUGGUGGCUAGGAUAGUUCCCCGUCAAGGGGGUAGAGCCACUGGGGAAUGGGGACGGAGAAAAUGGGCAGACGGGGAACAACUCGGUAAAAGUCCAGCUCGCCAUCUACAUAUAUGUCCGCAAAAGGCAUUUCUUCAAAAUCAACCAAUUAAAGGCAAUAAAGCAAGGGAGGAGGAUACAGCAAAAAUGAUUUUUACUAUAUGCCUUUGCGGACAUAUACAUAGAUAGCGAGCAGGACUUUUGCCGAACAAACUUGUUUGACACUAUAAUGAUGUCCUAUUGUAUCAAUUUAAAGAAAUUUUUUAAUUCAUUUUUUAAAGUUCACCACCCUCAAAUUCAAUGUCCGCCUCUACUUCCUCUUCUGAUAAUUUUAGCAAAUUACCUAAAGGAUGGGAAAUGCGAGUAGAUGGACAAGGAAGAAUUUUCUAUAUUGACCACAUUCGUCAAAAGACAGCUUGGACACCUCCAUGUAUUUUGGAAGCACUUGAAGAAUCUGAAUAUUUUAAUAAAAAUUGUGAAAAUAUUUGUGACGAAAAUCGUUUUAUCAGACAAACAAUGGAAUUUUCUAAGUAUAAUACUAACAAUAAUUUAACUAUUCAUCAAACACCAAAACAAAUGGCUCUAAAUAUUUUGCUUAGCAAGGAAUUGUUUAACCGCCUUCUACAUUCAAAUAAUUUUGCUUAUGAAUUGUAUAAUGAAAGCCGUAUUUUAAAACAUAUUAUACAAAGAAUACGUCGAGAACCAGAAAAAUUCUCUCAAUUUGAACAAAAUAGAGAAUUAGUAAAUUUUAUCAACUCAUUCACUGAUCGAACACAGCCCUUACCUGCUGGAUGGCAAUUAACUAAACAAGCAAAUAGUCCAAUGCCUCAAAUACUUUUUGUGGACCAUAUUGGAAAAAAUAUUACACCUUUUGAUCCCAGACUGGCAUUUAUUUGUUUAAAUUACAAGAAAGGUGCUAGACAAGAAAAGCCAAAUUCCUGCCGAAGUGCGCCUCCCUUGCGACGUUUAAAUAAAAAUACUACAACAACAACAAGCUUUUUUGGAAACAAUAUAACAAAUUCCCCGAGAAUACAAAAUCAAAGACGCUCUCAACAAAUAAAUAAUGAUCGGCUGUCUUUUGAUGAAACUGUUUUAGGUCAACUUGAAAAAGUAUUAAAUGAGCAUUACAAUCCUCAAAUGGCUCAAAAAAUAAAAACCAAACUUCGAUUAAUCGCUAAUUCGGGAGAUAGAGCAUUACUGCGCUAUGCUAACGAUGUUGACGUAGCUCGAGCACUAAGUCUAUUAGAUCAAUUAAAUGAUAAAAUAUUGAAAAAUAAUGAAGAGCAAAAUGAAAAUGAUGAAAAGAAUUUAAAUGAAAGAUUUUUAAAGGUUAUAGAAAGUUUUCAUGAAAAGCUGAAACAAUUGGGUUAUGCAAAAAGCCAAAACCGAUUGAGGUUUCGUUUAAGAAGAGAUAACUUGAUGGAAGAUGCUUUCCAAAAAAUUCUUUGUUUAAGUCCAACAAAAUUACGAACAUAUCAAUUAAUGGUAAAUUUUGCAGAAGAGGAUUGUUUAGAUUAUGGGGGCCCUUCAAAAGAAUUAUUUUUCCUUUUAUCAAAACAACUUUUUAAUCCAAAAAAUGGUCUUUUUGAAUAUACUAGUAUUAAUUCUAAUAGAAUACAAGUAAAUUAA